UACAAAAAGUACUGCGGUAAUUCAGAGAGAUAAAUUUAAAAAAACUAUAGGUAUAGCUGCUGUGGUCAUUAAAUAGUUUCAAAUCAGUUUUAACUUAAAAUCUAAUAAUUAAAUAUUCUAAAUCCGAUUUUAGUGUCUGAAAAAAAUUAACAUGCAUUUAAAAAACAUUUUACUGCUAUUCUGCGUGGCGUUAUACUUUUUGCAAUGUCAGGGUGCUCUCCCAUCUUAUGAAGAGCGUGCAAUUAUUUUUGACAUUGUCAAGAAAUAUGAAAAGCCAGAUGGCAUAGACAUUGAAGGAGAUGGCGUGCGGACAAUAAACUUCGAAGGUGUAAAAGAUAUCAUAAAAGAAGUAUUGCCGAAACUCCACAAACACAAAGAACUUACCAGUCUUUCUAAAUUAGAAAUGAUAGGAUCAAGCUAUAAAUAUACAUUGGAGCAAGUUCAAACAUUUGCCAAAGAGUACUUACAAUUAAAAGAAUUAGGUCCGGUUAUUGAGAAUACACUAAAAGAACUAUUCUAUCAAUAUAAAUUCGGACACAGAAUAAAAUUUCAUGAUUUAAAACACCUGCUUGGCUUAUUACGUUCUGGUAAAGUAGUAGAAGAACAUCCUGAUGCUGAGUUUCCAUAUCUUAAGUACCCGAAAACGGCAGUACCGUACAAACUGGAGAAUUCAGUUUACAAAUUUACUAUAAAGGAAGUUGAAUCAAUCGUCAUUCAACAUUUGUACCACGGUAGUUUUAUUUAAUUAUUAAC